AUAUCUGCGUACGUUAUGGAAGACUGAAUAAAUAUUCUUUUUCUCUCCUAUAGUUGAUAUAAAUGAAAAAUAGAAAAUGGAUCAUGAAGAGGAAUUUCUUAAUAAUUUUUUUACACAAGUUACACAAUUGUGCUCUGAUAAAGCUAAAGAACUUGUUGAAAAGGAACGAGAAUCAUGUAGACAAACACAAAUGGGUCCAUGGGGAAUGUUAUUGAUGACAUUACCACAAAUAGCAUUUACGGAACGUUCUUAUGCUGAUCUUGGUUUUCUUCAUACUAAAAACAAAGGCUUCCUGAGAAAAGAUAAUUCUUUAAAAACUGUCUAUGAGUCAUUAAAGUCAGACCUUCGAAGAUUAGAAGAAAUGACAAGAGGAACUAAUGCCAUUGGUGCCAUAGUUGCAGAGGUUUCUAGUCAACUUUAUCAAUUCAUUGUAGCAAGGAUCCAGUUGAUAGAUUUCUAUGAAAAAAUGCACAGUAUGAGCGUUAACAACAAAGUAAUGAAAUAUCAAGAAUUAUUACAAUCUAUUAAUACAAUAGUACAAGCACAUUCUUUGUCUUGUUCUCAUUUGGCAUUAACGGCUAUCAAAACAACUUUGACUUUGGAAUGUGAAAUAUUGGUUCAGCUAACAGAAGCUCAUAUAGAAUUACAACAUUGGAGAUUUUUACCUACUCUUAUGGCACUUUUUGGAGCACAGACACGUAUGUCAGCAUGGGAAAGAACUUUACAAAGUAAAGAGUCAUGGAAAUUGGGAUUUGGUGCUACAUUUCUUAAAGCCAAUCAACAGCCAGCAUUGUAUCAGUGGUUAGUAAAAUUAAAAAAUACCAUAUUAGCAAAAUGUUCUUUAUAUUUUCAUACAACAUUGAGCCAACAAGCUACUCCAGGAGAAAUGAGAAGUAUAAUGAGUAAACAAAGUGUGGAUUAUUAUCAUAAAAUUCAAAGUUUUCAACGUAAACACGAUGUAGUAGCUGUUUUAAUAGUAUUUGAUUCUAGAGGAAUGAAGGAUUCAGGAGCAGGUUAUAGGCAUUCUGGUAGAAAAUCUGAAACGUCAGAAGAGUUCACAGUUGUUGUUAGUUGUCCAUAUGCAUUUACACAAAAACCAUUGAUCCAUUGGGAUAAUAUACAAAACAAAAUAAGAGAACGUUACGCAGAACUUCUUACUAUGGAUAAAAUAAUUUAUGCUAAGAGUUUAAAGGAUUUAUGUACAUAUGCAUUGUAUAAUAUGGAUCCAAAAAUGACUUUGGUGACUAUAUAUGAGACUGAGAAACAGAAGGACAAAGAAAGACAUGUCUCUACAUUUAUGUCAGAUAUGUGUACGCAAAUCAAGUGCAAUAAAAUUUAUGAAUCUUUGAAAUUGGCGAAAUAAGUAAAAUAAGAAUAAACAAUUAUAAAUUAUCUACAAGAUGUACAAUCAUAAUCCCUUUGGUACUUACAUUUUUAUCAUUUUCUUAUUAUUACUGUAUUAAAUAUUCUUAAAUUAUCAGGAAAAUUAGAUAGAAAGAUAAAUAAACAACUACAAGCUGCUAACUUUUAUAAUGCAGUGUAUUAUAAUUCUUUUCUUUC